AUGUCUUUGGCGACGCCAGCGCCGGAUCCUAAUUCUGCCGCGGGAACGUGCCGCGAUCCUCACCGACGAGGACCCCCGGCCUGCCGGCCUCUGGAGGGCCCCGCGGCUCCGCCCGCCAGGGCCCGGAGGGCGAGUGCCGAGCGAAGGCCGUCCCACGAGGGCCGUCCCGUCCACGCUCGUCGCGGCCGACGUCUCCGCCGCCGAACAAAGCCCGGCUUCCGUUCCCACCGCCGUGGCGGACGCGAGGAGCGGCGGCCAGCGGGCGGCUGUCCGGGGCCCGGGCUCCUUCCCUACACGCUGGCGGGCGGCUCGGCCGGAGGGGGCCCGGGGCGGGAGCUUAUCUGCCAGACGGGGACGCACACGGAGAACCCCGCGCUUCCUGAGGAACUCUGUUCUCGCCCAAAGGCCCCCGCGGCUCACCCACCUCGCAGCGACAGGCCGCCCAGACCCCCUAUGGAGCCCCGCCCUUUGGGGCCCCCAGCCUCUGCUUGGGGAGGCUCCCAGGGCCUGGCCAGGGGCCGCGGGCUCUCCCACCUUGGGGGGCUUCGAGCCCGGGCCGGAGUGUGCCCGUCUGCUCCAGGGGGCGCUCUCCCUUUGGCCACGGCAGCUCGGCCAGGAAAGGGGGAGCACGGCUCGGGGGGGCUGCGUGGCUGCCCCCCAACUUGGGAGCAAGCUCUGGAGAUCUCUGGGCCCGCUCAGCGGCAGGAGGCCAAGGGCCAGGAGCCGGUCUGGAGGCGGGCACUCCCGGGGGGAGAUGCUGAGGGAGGACCCAGGGACAGACCCCCCCCCCCGCCCUCGCCGGGGCCCCCACUGACCUCCAGGUUCCAGGCUGCGGGCGCCCAUGGGCACGGACUCCGGGGCGUGGGGGGCUCGGAGGCAGAGGAAGCUGCGGGCGCGGCGGGUCGCUGGUGCUCCGGGGCUCGUCCAGGGAGGGCGGCCUAG